AUGGCCAAGUGGCUGCGGGACUACCUGAGCUUCGGCGGCCGGCGGCCCCCUCCGCAGCCGCCCACCCCCGACUACUCGGAGAGCGACAUCCUGAGAGCCUACCGCGCGCAGAAGAAUCUAGACUUCGAGGACCCCUAUGAGGACGCCGACAGCCGCCUGGAGCCGGACCCCGCUGGGCCUGCGGACCCCAAGGGCCCUGGAGACUCCAAGUACGAUUCUCCCAAGCACCGGCUCAUCAAGGUGGAGGCUGCAGACAUGGCCAAGGCCAAGGCCUUGCUGGGCAGCCCCGGGGAGGAGCUGGAAGACGACACUGAGUAUUCAGACCCCUUUGAUGCCCAGCCUCAUCUGCCACCCCCAGAUGACGGUUACAUGGAGCCCUACGACGCUCAGCGGGUCAUAAGCGAACUGCCUGGCAGGGGGGUACAGCUGUAUGACACUCCCUAUGAAGAGCAGGACCAAGAGCCAGGGGAUGGAGUUCAGGAACAGGAAUAUGUAUUUGGUGUCGGACUAGACCUGGUACAGUUUGACAGCCCUGAGUGGGAAAGGACCCCGGGCUUGGCCAAGGAGCUCCGGAGACCCCCGCCAAGGAGCCCCCAGCCUGCAGAGCGCGUGGACCUGGCCCUGCCCCUGGAGAAACAACCGUGGUUCCACGGCCCGCUGAGUCGGGCGGAUGCUGAGAACCUGCUGUCCCUGUGCAAGGAGGGUAGCUACCUCGUGCGGCUCAGCCAGACCAGCCCCCAGGACUGCUCCCUGUCCCUCAGGAGCAGCCAGGGCUUCCUGCAUCUGAAAUUCACGCGGACCCGCGAGCAUCAGGUGGUGCUAGGCCAGCACAGCGGCCCCUUCCCCAGCGUGCCCGAGCUGGUCCUCCACUACAGCUCACGGCCACUGCCUGUGCAGGGCGCCGAACACCUGGCCCUGCUCUACCCAGUCACCACGCAGACCCCCUGA